CGCCGCUGCGAGGUUAGCAAGGGGUGGAAACUCGUCACUCGGCAGGGGUGAAUCUGUGACUGUGACUGCUUCCAACCGCGAGGACCAACCCCAUGGAAAGACUGACGGACCCGGGCCGGGACUGUGUUCACCCUAUGAUGACUCGGAGGAUAAACAAUCGGGCCCAUUUAUUUUGAAUCGACUGGUUGUUUUUUCUUAAUUGACACAAACUAAAAAAAAAAAUCUUUUACAAUGUUAAACAUGGAAGAACACCAGAGGAACAUAAUGGCAAAACUUCACGCCCUGAAAGAAAUUAGAGCCAAAACUAUAGAACUGGAAAAACUGAAGGCUAAAAUUUUAGAAGAGGUCGAAGCCAAAGAAAAAGAAGAGAAAUGCCUAACAGAGUACAAACAGGAAAUGGAUUUAUUGAUGCAAGAAAAGAUGUCACACGUGGAAGAACUAAGGCAAAUUCAUGCAGAUAUAAAUGCUAUGGAAAAUGUGAUUAAGAAAGCUGAAGAAGCGAGAACUAGGUCUUUAGAUAGAGCAAAAAGGAUACACGAAGAGUACCGUCCAUUAAAAGAUGACAUUGACAGAAUGCGUAGAGAUUAUUUAGGACUUGAAAGAUUGCCUGAGCUUCAUGAGCAAGAGGCUGAUUUAAUUACGCCAGAGUUAGUCUUGUUCGCAAAAAGUUAUCCAGAAAAAACUUACAAAGAGACUUGGAGACCGGAUGUAGCUGCAAUGAGCGGCUUUUUACACCCGCACCCUUCGACCUCAGCCUUCAUGCCGCCUUUACAACCACCGCCUAUGCCAAUUAUCGCGAGCACCAGUAAGGCACCUGAUCCGCCUUUGCCCUCUUUACCAGGACCACCGCCGACGUUUAGGCAGCAGCCGCCUCCGAUGAAAUCCUGUCUGUCGUGCCAUCAGCAAAUACAUCGAAACGCUCCGAUCUGCCCUCUUUGUAAAGCCAAAUCGAGGAGCAGAAAUCCUAAAAAGCCAAAGAAGAAGGACUGAAAACGGGAUAAAGGCAAUUGAAACUUGCUAUUCCUUUUGGUGAAAAGUUUUUACAAAAAUUAAUUUCCUUUUAUAUGAUAGUUUGCUAGUGUUAAUGUUAAUAUUGUUACCUGGAGAGAGACUUGAUUCUUUCAUAAUCUUGUAAAUUACAAAAAUGAGUUCAGUAACAUUCAGCUUUCUCUUUUUUUGGUUAUCAAUUUUUACAAUUUGUUGUUAGUUUAUGUUAUCCCCUAUAUUCAUUUUGAAAGGCAUUUAAGUAAAAGAUUUCAUUAAGUAAUCAUUUUAUUAAUUAUUUAUAUUUAUUAAAUAUAAAUCCAGACAAAUCAAAAGGGAAAUAUCCACUUGUUAAUUUUCUCAUUACAAAAUUUAAGAAAUACCAUCAAAAUGAAUGAUAAAAAACAAAACUUUUUCUCUUGUUUUUGUUGUCCAUUUUGGUAACUUAUUAAACUGAUGAAAGAAUUGAAUUGAGAAUGAGAGAGCUUAGUGUUGUUUCGACUGACUUAUUUUCUGUUUAUAUUGCCAUAUUAAAAAGUCAGUCUAAAAAACGAUCGCGUUAAAAUUUAUUGUAAGGUGACAAAAUAUUUGAAAGUGGGGAAGGCACAUGUCCUCAGGUACUAUUGUUUGCUCGUAGUAUGCAGGCAGAAACUGCUGGACUAUCUUGUUCCUAAUCCUAGUCAUUUUCCUAAGUUAUUAUUUAUUUUUUUGUACUUUUUUAAUACCUGGUUUUAUUUGUUGUAAUAAUUAUAAAAGUGAUUUUUUUA